CGGAAGCUGAGUGGUUACCAGGGAUAGCACUUCCGCUGGUAGGAUUUGUAUGGCAGUUUUUGCGGUAACGGCAGCGCUGUGAGAUGCUGAACCAGACCCGGUGCAGGGUGUAAAAUGGCGGCGCCGUGGACUAACGAUAAAGAGGAGGAGUUCGUGGCCAUGAUGGAGGGAAAGCCGGAGUUAUUCGACAACACGGAGAUGAAUUUCACCAACAGGACGGCGAAGAUGAACGCCUGGCAGGAGCUGGCUAAACACUUCCAGAUCAGCGAGAAGGAGCUGCAUAAGAAAUGGGACUCUCUCAGGACUCAGUACAGCAGAUACACCAAGAUGAUGUACUGCUCAGACGGACGCUUCUUCACCCCGAGACAGCAGUGGAUCAUGCAGCGCCUCAAAUUCCUCGAUCCUCACAUCAAGCGCAGGAGCAACUACUGCACCGACCUCGACUACGAGGUGACGGUGGUUGAGAACGGCUGUGAGGAUUCGAGCCCCGCCCAGGUGGACGUGGAGAUUGAGGCGGACAGCAUGAACAAGCUGGAGAUGAACCUGGACGCCUCCAAACUCUCCAAGCAGCUCUCCAAACGGGCGUUCCAGAACGACGACUCGGACUCGGUGCGUUCUCUCGGAGCCAAGAAACCCUGCUCGGACAAACCGAGCCCGCAGAUGUUCCCCAAAAGCGCCUCCAAGCGACAGUGCGAUGAGGAAGACGAGGAUGAAGAGGAUGAUUCGGCUAGUCUCAGGAGGAUCGUGUGCAGCACCAUGGAGGAGAAGAAGGACGAGCGCUGGGACGGUUUUUCCGGCUACGUCACCUCCUGUCUCCGGAGCCUGGACUCGUCCCAGAGCCGCAUGAGGGCGCAGGACGACGUGUGCGCUGUGCUGCAGAGACACAUGGAGCGAGACGGCGAGGACGAUGACGACGACGGGGCGGGGGACAGGAGCGAGACGUGCAGGAGAACCUGCUCCGCCUGCUGCGGGUCCGGGAGGAACACGAGCGGGGGCGGCGCCGUCAAGCUGGCCACACCCCCCACGGACGAUCAGGACGACCUCGAGCCCUUCCUCAAGUCCAUGUCCAUCAUCAUGAAGAGGUUACCCGAAUGCGAGAGGUCAGAGGUCAAGUUCAAGAUCCAUGAGCUGGUGCACAAAGCUCAGAUGAAACAUCUAAACGAACAGAGGAGCAAAGAGCAGAACAUGCAGAACCCGUCUGCUCUAUGAGCUGCGUUUUACUCUCGCACACCACACUGGCACUUUUUUACAGAGCUUUAUAACUUUUUUUUUUAAGUUAUAUAUAUAUAUAUAUAUAUAUAUUACACGUCUGCGAGGAAUAAAUUAGGAAGAUCUUCUCUUCAUAGUGUAUUCUGCUGGAAGAAUAAAAACGCUGGAAGUGUUAUAAAAAUAAACACUGUUUCUAUUUUUUUAUACUAAAGCGUUAAAACCACUAUCGCCAACAACAGGCUCAGGGUUGCCAGAUUCACCAGGAUCCCUCACAGUUGUGCUGUUUUUAUCAAUAACAAGGAAGAAAGUGUUGAAUCUGUGACGCGUUAAACGUCACAGUGCUGCGUUCGAAAUUUUAAUUGUUGAGAUCACAUUCAUUCAGUCAGUUUUUAUUUUAUUUUAUUUUAUUUUUUGCAUUUUAUUGUUUUAAAUGAACACAAAACAUACUUUGUUCUAUCACACUGUGCAUCAUGAGCGUGUAUCACGUUAAAUUUUUAUUUAAAUUCUAAAUAUAAACACAAACGUUCAUGAAUCAAUUACAAUUGAUUGAUUGGUGAUUUGAUUGAUUGAACAUUUCAUUGUUAUUCAUUAAUUAAUAUCAGACAGAACGACAUUAAACAUAUGAUUGGGAA